AUGGUGAAGAUAGAGAUUCCCGAGCAGCUUGCUGCUCAUCUGAGCAAACUCCCAGCUUUGACGUUCACCAACAUCUUCCUCAGCUUCUGGGGUCUUAUCUUCUCCUAUGUCGCCUGCAGGUCAUUCUACUACCUCUAUCUCAGCCCCCUCCGCCACUACCCGGGCCCCAAGCUCUGGGCCAUCUCCCGCCUGCCAUGGAACUACGUCAACAUGAAGGGUCGCAUCACCUGGAAGAUCCGCGAGUUGCAUGAGCAGUACGGCCCCGUGGUGCGCAUCGCGCCCGACGAGCUGUCGUACACCUCCGGCGCGGCGUGGAAGAAGAUCUACGGCCAGCGCAGCCCCGAGUUCCCCAAGGCGCUCGACGGCCGCGGCAUCGCCCCCGCGAAGCUCAACGGCCACAAGACGCUCAUGACGGAGGCGCAGGAGCGGCACGCGAGGCUGCGCAGGGCGAUCAACCCGGCCUUCUCGGAGAAGGCGCUGCGUGAGCAGGAGUACUACUUCCAGAACCACUCGGAUAACAUGGUGAGGCAGCUCAUGAAGAGAUGUAAUGAGGGGCCGGUGGAUAUGUCAACGUGGUUCAACUUGCUUGCGUUCGACAUUGUGUCUGACCUCGCCUUCGGCAUUCCCGCAGGCGCUCUCGACAACGCAGACCAGCCCUGGAUCCGCGCCAUCAUGGGCCGUGCUACCGCGUACGUCUGGAUCCAGCUCGCCGUGCAGUACGGCUUCUUCGAAUUCCUCACCUGGGUGACCCCGCGCCGCGUCACGGAAGCGCGCAAGAAGCACCUCGCCAUGACGGAGGCCAAGGUGCGCCAGCGCAUCGCGGCCAAGAACCCCGGCAAGGACUUCAUGUCGUACAUCCUCCACAACGACGAGGACGGCGUCAAGCUGUCCAACUUUGAGCUCGUCAUGCUCGCGGGCACCUUCAUCGUCGCCGGCAGCGGCACCACCGCCGGCGGCAUGUCUGGGCUGACGUACUUUCUGCUGCACAACCCGGACAAGCUCGCGAAGCUCAAGGCUGAGAUUAGAGGCGCGUUCAAGACAAGGGAGGAGAUCACGAUGGUCUCGGCGCAAAAUUGCAAGUACCUCCGUGCGUGCAUCAACGAGGCAAUGAGGUUGUAUCCUCCCACGCCUGGCUCGCUGCCACGCUGGGUGCCGGGGAAGGGGGAGGUGAUUGAGGGUAAAUGGGUUCCCGGCGGGUAUGCGGUUGCGGUGAACCAGUUCGCUGCCGGACAUUCGAAGCACAACUUCCACCGUCCCGGGGACUUUGUGCCCGAACGAUGGCUUGAGCUGCCGCCUGGUUCCGAGUUUGCCAACGACGACAGGGCAGCUGUUCAGCCGUUUUCUUACGGACAGCGUAUUUGCAUUGGAAAGCCGAUGGCGUAUGCCGAGAUGAGCCUCGCGUACGCAAAGAUGAUGUGGUACUUUGAUCUCGAGCCCAAGGAUUUGUCGGAGGACUGGUGGACGCCGCAGGGAACGUACAUUAUGUGGGAGAAGCUGCCGUUCCCCCUCCUCGACGCCGCCUUCACCCUCACCACCCGCUUCGCCAACCUCUCCCCCUACCUCCUCCUCCCCAUCAUCCUCACCACUGCCGUCAUCCUGAACUCCGCCCUCCGCUCCCUCCCCCUCACCCAGAAAGCCCGCCGCCUGUCCUGCAAACCACCCCCCCUCGAACCGACCACCCUCCCGCUCGGCAUCGACACCGUCCUCGCCUCCCUCCGCGCAGACCGCGAGCAACGCACGCCCGACCACGUCGCCGCCCGCUUCGCCGCCCUCGGCGUCCACACGUUCCGCAUCGCCCUCCUCGGCACCACCAACCUCGUCACCGCCGACCCGCGCAACGUCCAGGCCCUGCUCGCCACCCAGUUCGCCGACUUCGGCAUGGGCGCCGCCCGCAGCACCAACCUCAAGGCCGUCCUCGGGCGCAGCAUCUUCGCCGCCGACGGGCCCGCCUGGCGCUCCGCCCGCGAGAUGAUGCGCCCCCUCUUCAGCCGCGACAACGUCUCCCGCCUGGACCUGCUCGAGGCGCAUGUCCAGACGCUCUUCCGCUGCAUCGAGCGCGGCGGCCUCUCCGAAAGAUGGACGUCCCCCGUCAGCCUCGCCUCCCUCCUCCCCUCCCUCACCCUCGACUCCGCCACGGAGCUCUUCCUCGGCCAGAGCACCUGCACCCUCGCCGCCCGCCUGCGCGACGACCACGCCCACCCGGGGAUGGCCUUCCACCACGCCUUCGAGCGCAUGCUGGCCCUCCUCGGCGUGCGCAUGCGCCUGCGCAGCUUCUACUGGGCCUACGGCACCGCCGAGCUGCAGGCCUGCGUGAAGACGCUGCACGCCUUCGUCGACGACGCCAUCGCCGCCUCCGACGACGCCCAGAAGCGCGGCGACUCCCUCGCGCGCUACGACUUCCUCACCGUCCUCCGCGAGCGCUGCGACGGCGACGACACAGAGGUCCGCGAGCAGGUCCUCGGCCUCCUCGCCGCGGGCCGCGACACGACGGCGAGUCUGAUGAGCUGGGUGUGGUACUGCCUGCUGCGCUCCCCGCGCGUCUUCGCCAAGCUCCGCGCCGAGGUGUUGUCUACCUUUGGCACCUACGCCGACGACCCAGCGGAGAGAGUGACCUUUGCCACCCUAAAACAGUGCACCUAUUUGCAGCAUGUCCUCUCGGAGACGCUGCGCCUGCACUCCGUCGUGCCAUUCAACUCGCGCCGCGCCCUCGUCGACACGACGCUCCCCUGCGGCGGCGGGGCAGACGGCACAUCCCCCGUGUUUGUACCCGCGGGGACGGAGGUCAACUUCAGCACGCACGUGUUGCACCGCCGGAAGGACCUGUGGGGCCCCGACGCGGACGAGUUCGUGCCGGAGCGGUGGGAGGCGAAGAGGGGCGCCGCGGGGGCUGCGUGGCAUUUUGCGCCGUUUAACGGCGGCCCGCGGAUCUGCAUCGGGCAGCAGCUCGCGCUGACGGAGGCGGGGUAUGUGGUUGUGAGGAUGCUGCAGCGGUACGAGGGCGUGGAAGGGCUGGACGUGGAUCCGGCGCGGGAUUGGCAUAACUUCACGGUGGUGUGUAGUCCGGGGAGUGUGGUUGAUAGGAAUGAGGCGGUGUUGUGUCGGUUGAGGGUUGCGGAGGAGUGA